AUGGCGAACUCGAUCGAGAACCCCGUCAAGCAGCAGCUGGUCGACAAGCUGCCGAAGCGCUUCAAGGGCAUCAAGUUUGGCAUUCAGUCCAACCAGGAUAUUGCCAACCAGGCUGUCCUCGAAGUCUCCGAUCGACUGCUCUACGACAUUGAAAACAACCGUGCGCCGUAUCGCCACGGACCCCUCGACCCGCGACUGGGCACGUCGAGCAAGAUUGGCAAAUGCGCAACAUGUCAAGACUCGUUGCAAAACUGCACGGGCCAUUUCGGCCAUGUGCGGCUCCCGCUGCCGGCCUUUCACAUUGGUUACCUGCGAUUCGUCAUGUCUAUUCUGCAGGAGAUUUGCAAGGAUUGCGGCCGCGUACUACUAGAAGAGCCCGAGCGACGGUCGUUCUUGAAAGAGCUCCGCCGCCCGUUCCUCGACAACCUCCGUCGAACCCAGAUUUGCAAGCGCAUCAACGAGCAGUGCCGGAAGUGCAAGACUUGCCCUUACUGCGGUUCCAUCAACGGCCAGAUCCGCAAGACCGGCGUCCUCAAGCUGGCCCACGACAAGUUUGUUGCCUUCAACAAGUCCACCUCCGUUAAGAAGGUGCCUCCCGAGGCCAAGGUCAAGUUUGAGAACUCGUUCGCCGAGGCCCGGCGCGAGAACCCCGAGCUGGAGAAGCACCUCAGGAAGGCAAUGGAGGAUCUCAACCCGCUCCGGGUGCUCAAGCUCUUCAAGAGGAUCAGCCCUACCGACUGUGAACUGCUGGGGCUGGACCCUGCCGAGGGCCGGCCGGAAAUGUUCAUCUGGCAGUUUGUGCCCGCGCCCCCAGUCUGCAUCAGGCCGUCGGUGGCGCAGGACAAUGCUAGUACCGAAGAUGACAUUACCACCAAGCUGGCGGAUAUCGUAUGGGUCAGCGGCAUGAUACGAUCUGCCCUCCAAAGAGGAUCCCCCAUCCAGACCAUCAUGGAGCAGUGGGAGUAUCUCCAAACCCAGAUUGCCAUGUACGUCAACAGCGACGUCCCUGGCCUCCAGCAGCCUGGGUUCGGGAAAUCCACCAGGGGCUUCUGCCAGCGGUUGAAGGGCAAGCAGGGCCGAUUCCGUGGCAAUCUCUCUGGCAAGCGUGUCGAUUUCUCCGGACGUACCGUCAUCUCGCCUGACCCCAACCUGGGCAUCGACCAGGUCGCCGUGCCCAUUCUGGUGGCAAAGAACCUGACGUACCCGGAAUCAGUCAACCGACAAAACAUUGAGAAGCUGCGCCAAUGCGUCUCGAACGGCUGCGACGUCUGGCCGGGUGCACAGGCCGUCAUGAAGAAAGAGGACGGCAGCCAUUAUCGCUACAAUCUCAAGUUCGGCAACCGCGAGCAGUUGGCGCGACAGCUGAAGGCCGGUGACAUUGUUGAGCGGCAUCUCGAGGACGGCGACAUUGUGCUGUUCAACCGCCAACCUUCACUGCACAAGCUCAGUAUCAUGAGCCAUCUCGUCAAGGUCCGCCCCUGGAGAACGUUUCGCCUAAACGAAUGUGUCUGCAACCCGUACAACGCCGAUUUCGACGGCGACGAGAUGAACCUGCACGUCCCUCAGACUGAGGAGGCCAGAGCCGAGGCCAUCAACCUGAUGGGUGUCAAAUACAACUUGGCGACUCCCAAAAACGGAGAGCCCAUCAUUGCCGCCACCCAGGAUUUCAUCACGGCCGCGUUUCUGCUCAGCAGCAAGGACAACUUUUUCGACCGCAAGACCUUUACCUACAUUUGUAUGCACAUGAUGGACGGCAAGACGCCGCUCGAACUGCCGCCGCCAGCCAUUAUCGCGCCCCAAUGCAUGUGGACCGGCAAACAGGUCUUCAGCGUCAUGAUGCGCCCGAACAAGGAUUCUCCGGUCAAGGUCAACCUGGAGGCCAAAUGCAGAGCGUACAAGGCGCGUCCCGGCCAAUGCCCCGACAUGGACCCCAAUGACGGCUGGCUGGUUGUCCGAAACUCGGAGGUUAUGUGCGGUCGCAUGGACAAGUCUACGGUCGGCUCUGGCAAGAAGGACUCCAUCUUCUACGUCAUCAUGAGAGAUUUUGGCCCAGACGAGGCUGUCAUUGCCAUGAACAGACUGGCCAAGCUGUGCGCCAGAGCGCUCACCAACCGUGGCUUCUCCAUCGGCGUCGGUGAUGUGUUCCCGACGGCGUCUCUCAACGUCGAAAAGGAGAGCCUGGUUUCGACCGCGUACAAGCAGUGCGACGACCUCAUCGAAACGUUCAAGCAGGGAAAGCUCGAAAAGGCCCCGGGCUGCAACAUGGAGCAGACGCUGGAGAAUCUGAUCUCCGGUAUUCUUAGUAAAGUCCGACAGCAGGCCGGCACAUACUGUAUCGACACCCUGAGCCGCAACAAUGCUCCGCUCAUCAUGGCCAAGUCUGGGUCGAAAGGUUCGGACAUUAACGUCGCGCAGAUGGUGGCUGUCGUCGGACAGCAGAUUAUUGGCGGCCAGCGUGUGCCUGAUGGAUUCCAGGACCGAAGUCUUCCGCACUUUCACAAGAACGCCCGACAGCCGCCGUCAAAGGGAUUCGUCAAGAACAGUUUCUACACUGGCCUGUUCCCGACCGAGUUCCUGUUCCACGCCAUCUCCGGCCGUGAAGGUCUGGUCGACACGGCCGUCAAGACCGCCGAAACGGGGUACAUGUCGCGACGACUGAUGAAGUCGCUCGAGGAUCUCUCUACGCAAUACGACGACACGGUCAGGACAUCUGGAGGCGGCAUCGUGCAGUUCCAGUUUGGCGCGGACAAACUCGAUCCAGUGGACAUGGAAGGCUCUGCCGAGCCGGUGCACUUCCUGCGCACCUGGAGUCACGCCGAGAACUUGACAUGGGACAACAACGAGCCGGCCAUGACGCCGACGGAGAUUCGCAAGUUUGCCGACUCGAUGCUCGAGGUGGAGCGCAAGCGCCUCCCGAGAAUUGGCCUCCUCAAGGACAGACUCGAGUACGAGGACACCACCGACUAUGGCAUUGACGAGCACGAAAGUGCCCGAAAGUUUAUCAAGACCAUUGAGAGUCACGUCGAGGGCCUUGCUGCCAAGCUAGAGCGCGUGCGAGCCCUGGCUGGGUUCGACGGCGACACACCCCUCUAUCCAGACUCUCAGGCGCACUGCGACCGGACGGCCAAAGUCACAGUAACAACGCUGCAGCUCUUCAUCAAGAUGUGUCUCGAAAAGUACAAAAAGGCCCACGUCGAGCCAGGUCACGCCGUCGGUGCCGUCGGUGCGCAGUCCAUCGGUGAGCCUGGUACGCAGAUGACGCUCAAGACCUUUCACUUUGCUGGUGUGGCCGGUAUGAGUAUCACUCAGGGUGUGCCGCGAAUCAAGGAGAUUAUCAACGCAUCCAAGACUAUCAGCACACCCGUCAUCACCUGCCCCCUGCUCAACAAUGAGCAGAUUGAGGUUGCCAAGGUGGUCAAGGCGCGUAUCGAGAAGACGUACGUGUCGGACGUGCUGCACUUUGUCGAGGACGAGUGGCGCGCGGAGGAAGGAAACGUGGUGCUCCAGAUUGACAGGGGCGCGCUGUCGGACAUGCAUCUGGGCAUCGGCAUCUACGACAUUGCCGAGGCCAUCUGCAAGCAGCGUAAGCUCAAGGUUGCGCGCGAGGACCUUUCUAUUUUCGGCGACAGGAUCGUGAUUCGCGUCCGCGAUGGGAGCCAGAUGGCGGUCAAGAGAACAACGACCCGAAAGACGGACGCCGACAGUGGCGACAUGCUGCUGCGGGCCAACUUUUUGCGACGCACACUGCCCAAUGUGCCCGUGUCGGGCUACUCCGAUGCGACCCGAGCCAUCAUCCAGACGUCGGAGCAAAACACCCAUACCGUCCUCGUGGAAGGUUAUGGCCUGCGAGAGUGCAUGACGACAGAGGGCGUGAUCGGGACCAAGACGCGGACAAACAACGUCAUGGAGUGCCGCGACAUCCUCGGCAUCGAAGCGGCGCGGACGACGAUUGCCAACGAAAUCGGCGAAGUUAUGGGCGACAUGGGCAUCGACCCGCGGCAUAUGCAGCUGUUGGCCGACGUGAUGACGUACAAGGGCGAGGUCCUGGGCAUCACGCGGUUCGGCCUGUCCAAGAUGCGCGACAGCGUGCUGCAGCUGGCGUCCUUUGAGAAGACGCCGGACCAUUUGUUUGACGCUGCGGCGGGCAUGAAGACGGACCAGAUUGAGGGCGUGAGCGAGUGCAUCAUCAUGGGGCAGACGAUGGGCGUGGGCACCGGCGCGUUCCAAGUCGUGCGGCGGCUGGGCAUCCAGCCGGGACAGCUGACGCAGAAGAAGACGUUGUUUGAGGACGAGUGGAACAAGGAGAUGGCGCUGAAGCGAAAGGCAAGGCGGAGAGUAUAG